AUGAAGAAUCCAAAUACGCUUUGUUUUCUCUUUGUCUCUUUGCUUUGUCUAUCAUCGUACUCCAACCAUCAAGCUUUAGCGUAUAUCGACGAAGCCCUGAAACAAUGCUUGAUUCGCAACUCACAAAACCAUACCGCCAUUUUCAACGACAUAUACACCCCCGACAACUCCUUGUUCGUAUCCGUCCUACAGUACCCGGUCAAGAACACCCGCUUCAAUUCCUCGGACACUCCGAAGCCCUUCUCCGUGAUAACACCCCGGGAAGAACCCGAGGUGCAAUCGGUGAUCCUUUGCGUGGCGGAGCUAAACAUCCAGGUCCGAAUUCGCAGCGGCCAUGACUACGAAGGGCUGUCGUACACGACGCCCACCAAGCAGGCUGAUCAGAAGAUUCAGAGCCCGUUCUUGGUUCUUGAUCUGAUCAAUUUCAAUAAAGUCGUCGUGGAUACUGUGAAAAAGACGGCGUGGGUCGGAUCCGGCGCGACGGUUGGGGAGCUGUACUAUAGGAUAUCGGAGAAGAGCAAAACGCUUGGGUUUCCGGCGGGCGUGUGCCAUGUCUCCCCUUACAGCAUCUAG